AUUGGUUGACGUUGAGAAAACCAAUUCUAAUAGGAAGCGUUUUGCGAGUUUAACCAAAUAUAUUCCUAUAGCUCUGGAUUUACUGACUAUUAUCAAUAUCCACAUCAAUAUCAAAACACGAAUAUGUGUGAACUUCUAUGAAACAGUCUAAUUUGAAUAUGAUAUAAUCUACAAUCCUUCUCACAAGGAGAGUAGGACGAUCAUUUAUUACUCCACAUUGCCCUCAUCCAUAGAACAUUGCACCAUUAUAAUUGUGCGCACUUCUUUUCACUUUUUCCAGAUUGACGCAAUCUAGACAACGGCCUCGGCACACGCUCGCAUGCAGAGCUUUACCCAUCCGCCCCCAAGAAAAAAAACACAAUGCUUUUUAGUUUCACUUUCUUCCAUUUUGGAGUAACAACAGUUUUGAGAGCAUGGUCUGAAAUAUUUCAAAGAUGGCAGACUUGGACAGGACGGUAAGAGUGAGCGGUCUGCCAACGGUGAUUGAGGAUGACAGGUUGUCAGACAAGCUACUUAUCUUGUUUCUGAGAAAAAAGAAUGGGGGCGGAGAAAUCAUUUCUGUCGCGAUUGUUGAAGACCCCCGUGGCUCAGCCCUGAUCACCUUUGAAGACAGUAGAGUCGCCCGGAGAGUUAUCCAACAUGGUCAACACGUUUUAAAAAUGGAUGGCAUGCAGUAUGAACUGACCUUAACUCCACAUUGUGAGCAACUGAAACCUGAUAUGGUCAUCUUGAGUAUGUCGGUAACUAUUGACUGUAACCAGCUUCCGUUGAGACAAAUAGCCACGAAAGUCCUUCUUGAGAAGUACCCUGACAUUAAGUUCAAAUAUUUUACCAAGAAAUUGUGUAAAAUCACAGGGCCCUACUCUCAGGUACAAGCAGCUUUGGCACAAUUGCUUGAACUUCCCAGACACCAAAAAUCGGAGGACACAUCGAGCAGAGUUGAUCAGGCAUACUCUUGUCGCCUUGAUAUGCACGCAAUUAAAAAAUCUCCUCUGCCAGAGUCUUUAAUCAAUAAACCACAUAAUAGUAGCGUAUGCACAGAGCGAACCUAUAGGGAUCAUGCUGCUGGAGACUACCCAUCCACCCGACCUGGAAAAAAGAAAUCAACUACUGGUCCGUUUUGGGAAGAGAUGGACAAGACCGAGACUGGGGCCAUGCAGCUUUCAAAUGAUCCUAAAAUGUUGGAUGAAGAUCUCUCCCUAGUGAUGGAUUCAGAAAUGUUUCAGUGUCUGCAGAUGCAUCGUGGGAAGGAUUAUCAGCAGAUACUCAGUCGGAAUGGCGUGGAAGUUUUGGAUGUAACUUCUGAGGAUGUGACCACGUUGUUCCUGCAGUGUGAAACACAAUUAGGGGAGGUUGAUGGUGGGCUGCAGCGGCUUAGGUCGGCAAGAAGCCAAAUAAGUCAGCUUCACCAAGACAUUGCGCCUAGGAUCUGUCGUGUUCCCCUGCUUAAAAGCACCCUUCCAAUCGGCGAAGUCCUGCAGAGGAUAAAGGAUAAGAUAGGAGGAACACACCCUAAGCUUCUUCUAAACGAGGAUGACCAAAACAUCUACCUCAUCGGGAGCUACAGUGAUACAUCUGAGGCCAAGGAAGUAAUAAGUGGCUACAAUGAAGCCAGGGGAGUGUCUGACCAGAUGGGUGGUCUUCCAAGAGCUACUUCCCUUGACUUCAACUCAGCAUAUCCAUAUGAGGGUCCACCUGUUGUUCACCAACCGAUACCUGGUUCUCUGUGUUGUAAGACGGAUACAAUGCUGGUGCCUGACAAGGAUGAGAACAGAGCUGAGGGAGCAACAAAAUAUAAACCAGCAGCCCAGUUUAAGUACACAGAGCCAGGUGUAUUAGUGUCUCAGCCAGCAGAUUUAACUGGAGCAGGGUUAAGACUAUCCCCUGCUAUGCUUGGUCCCCAGUUAGUCCCGGAUGUUCUUUCAUGCACUGCAAGGUUGACUGACAAAGGUCUGUCAAGGCAGAACACUGGAGAGGACGUCCUAUCUGAGGAUGGAAUCAGACCCUCACAGAGUUCAACAUUAGGGGACAAUGAACGGAAGUUUUCAAAAUCUCCCCAAAUCCAAACUCUGAUCAGUCCAUCAGGAAGUGUGACCCGCCCAGCUCUUGGGGCUCGGCUCGGCUUUAACUAUGAAAGUAGCUCCUCUGAGAUAUCAGCUCCCAAGGUCCAAACGGACAGGCGAUCGGAUGAUGAAGAGCCCCAAGGUCGUGCAAAAUAUAGAGUCAGGGAGCGAAAAGAUAGUUUCAGUGACCUCAAAGUCAAGGCCAGGUUGGAAAUAUAUCGUGAACAAAUAACGGUUCCCUAUAUUAUGUGGAAGUACAUAAAAGAGGUAUAUCAGCCUCGAUUUAUAGAAGUUACCAUGGCAAUAAAGGUAGAAGAGCAGCACACAGAUGCUAGGGAUGCUACUACAGUCUUCUUGUCAUCUUUUGACCCUUCCAGUGUGAGAGCUUGUCAGAAAGAUUUACAGAACAUUGUUGCCAAGGUUACUGCUGAUUUCUCUCAGUUUGAUCUGAGUUGGACAGAGUUGGGUAUCUCCGACCAAGGAGAUGAAAUUCUACAUGUACUCUUUAAUGAAGUUAAGAGUAGAUUCAAGAAGGUUUCCAUAUCCACAUCAAAUAGGCUCAUAUCUAUUCUCGGUCCAGAACACUUGUGUUCUCAGAUUGCUAGUGCACUGAGGAAAGAAUUUUCUGUAGAUCAGUUCAGAUACCUGGACAACAGAAGUGCUUCACGAGGGAGGCCUCUACUCUAGCUUCUUCUUCAAAGGCCAUCUCUACAAAUAUAAGCAGCAAUUCCUCAGAGGACAAACAGGAAACAAAUACCCAGUCUACGUUAAUCCAUAAUGACAACAGAAGUCAUGAAUUG